CCAACGUCCCGCACUUACUACCAACACAUGCCACUUACCAACGUCCCGCACUUACUACCAACACAUGCCACUUACCAACGUCCCGCACUUACUACCAACACAUGCCACUUACCAACGUCCCGCACUUACUACCAACACAUGCCACUUACAAACACCCGCACUUACUACCAACACAUGCCACUUACCAACGUCCCGCACUUACUACCAACACAUGCCACUUACCAACGUCCCACACUUACUACCAACACAUGCCACUUACCAACGCCCCGCACUUACUACCAACACAUGCCACUUACAAACACCCGCACUUACUACAACACAUGCCACUUACAAACACCCGCACUUACUACAACACAUGCCACUUACCAACGCCCCGCACUUACUACCAACACAUGCCACUUACCAACGUCCUGCACUUACUACCAACACAUGCCACUUACAAACACCCGCACUCACUACAACACAUGCCACUUACUACCAACGCCCGCACCCUGAUUACUUGGUCUUGUUAUCUACCCCUACCCCUACCCCCAGCGGACGCACGCCCGGACAUGCCCCUGCGUCGCAGCGACCCGGACGGGGGGGCCUGGCCCCCCGCGGGGGGCCCCUCCCCGGGAUCCACCGGGGUGUCCGCCGACCCCUGGGCCGGGCGCCCGAGCCCUCCGCCCGUCGCGGCCGGGGGCUGCCGAGCCGCCGACGAGGAGGAGGAGGAGGAGGAGGAGGAGGAGGAAGCCGCGGGGACGGACAGCGUGGUGGAGUGGGACCUGGAGAAGGAGCUGUCGCGGGGGGGGGCGCGACACGCCACGCCGGGGGACGAGGGGAGGAAGCCACGGACACCGCGCUUGGUGCACGGCUUCUCCAACUCCAUGGAGGAGGAGCUCCCCUUUGAAGGCUACUCGAUGUCUCCACGCGGCCGAUUCCAACGCCUUCAUCCUGACGACGACGACGACGAUGACGACGACGAUGACGUCAUCGUCGCGGGGGAGGGGAGGGGCGUCUCCCGGCCCCCCCUCGCCCCCCCCAAGCAACGGCGCCCCCCGGAGGGGGGCCGGCCCCCGCCCGCCGCGGCUCGCCGCCGGUUGGCCGCCUCGCUGUCGGCGGGCGUCGCCGUGCUGGUGUCGGGGUUCCUGAUUGGCUACGCGGCGAGGGGGGCGGGGCCGGCGGGUGGCUGCGGCGCUGGGGGGGCGACGCCCCCGGCGGCUGCGGCGACGCCCCCGGCGGCUGCGGCGACGCCCCCGGCGGCGGCUGCGGCGACGCCCAGGAGGAGGAGCUGGGACGACGGCAGCGGCGACGGGGAGGAGGAGGAGGAGCGGAGGAGGAGACUUCACCGCGGGAUGGUGGACAACAUCACGGAGGAGGCGGUGGUGGAGAUGUUCAGGUACUUCAGCGGCGGCAGGCCGGCGACCCCCGCGACCCCCGCGACCCCCGCGACCCCCGCGACCCCCGCGACCUCGGCGGCACUGGCCGAGCGUGUCCGCCGGUCGUGGCUGGCGCUGGGCCUCAAGGAGGUGCACGUGGGGGCCUACCGCCUACGGCGCAGCCUGCCGGCACAAGGCAGCACGGCCAGCGUCACCGUGAUCGAGGGCUCCCACGUGACCUGCUAUUUGCCCUCGGGGCAGCGUUGUGGAGCCGGCGCUGAUGGGAACCACUCCGGGGAGAGCCACGUGGAGGGGGACCUGGUGGACGUGUGGAUGGGCAGACCUGAGGACCUGGCGACGCUGGGCAGGGUGAACUUCACCACGGCCGUCGCCAUGCUCAGGGUGGGGUCCGGCCCACUGGUCUACACGCUGGGAGUCCUCGCCCGCCUGCGAGUCUCCGCGGUGCUGCUUUACUCCGACGGCGAGUGUGAUGGGUCGGGCGCAGGGCCGGCCGAGGCGAUGACGCUGGGCGGCGGCGGCGGCGGCGCCGGCGGCACCGGCGGCACCGGCGGUGGGUCUCCGGUGCCGGCCCCACUGCCCCCCCUGGUGGAGACGAUUUCGGCGGCGCUUGCCGCUCAGCUCGCCCCUCGCGACGCCCAGCGGCCCUGCCAGCGGCCACGGGGUCAGCAAGAAGGGGGCACCCCUCCGCGUCGAGUGAGGCUGAGAGUGGGGGGCCGCGUCUGUACCUCUGUGGAGCUGCACACGGUAACCGGCUGGAUCAAGGGGGCUCACGAACCAGAUCGCUGUGUUAUUGUGGGCGGUCGCCUUGGCGACGGUUACCGGGGCGACGUGGUUGCCGUGACGAUGGCUGCCCGGGCCCUAGCGACGGGCCACCGCUGGGGCUGGUCGCCACGGCGAUCGCUCCUCUUUGGCCUCUGGGGAGCGGACUCAUCCUCCUCUGCCCUGGGGGCCUGGGUCCAGGAGCAGUCGGAGGUGGUGCGUUCGCGUGCCGUGGCGUACGUGAGCCUCACUCUGCCCGUCUCCGGAUCCGGCGGCGGUGCCGGCGGCGGUGCCGGCGGCGGUGCCGGCCGUUCCCCCGUGGCCUUCGCCUCGCCAACGCUGCGCCAGCUCGCGAUCGACUCCCUGUGCGGGGAGUCUUGCCGCGGCUGGGCCGGCCCCGAGACGCCCGUCCACAGCGCCGCGUCCACAGGCGACGUGGCCAUCUUCACGGACGACGUCGCCCUCGCCACACUCAAGUUCCUUCACGGGGAUGAUGAGUCCGACUUCACCGUCCUGGAGAAGCUGGACAUCCCAGAGAGUCGACUGCAGCUCCUCGAUCCCAACUGCUCGCUCCACGCGAACAUCACGCGGUUGAGCGUGCGAGCCGCGCUGCGAUUGGUGGACGACGCGGUGCUGCCCCUGCGGGUCAUCGACCCGGCGCUGGACGUGCAGAUAAUGGUGGACGCACUUCAGCAGCGGGCCCCCCCGUGCUUGCCCCGCGAGGCGAUGAGUGACGCCGUGUCGCUGGCCCGCUCACUGCGGGAGACGUCGGCCCGGCUGCAGUCAGCCGUCAACCGGCCCAGCAACGACCCCGCUGAGCGUGGAGUGGAGUUGCGACUUCGCUCGCUCAACGACGCCCUGCGCUCCGUCGAGAGGGCCUUCCUCACCUCCUCUUCAUCCUCAUCCUCGUCGUCGUCAUCGUGGUCCUCGUCGUUGUCGUCCUGUGGGGCGGACGGGGAGUCGUGGCGGGCCUUGCCGGGAAUCUCCCGCCACUUGCUGAUGAGGCCGAGCCGUGGCUGGAGUGGAACUUUCCCGCUGUUGGAGGCCGCCCUGCGCUCACGUGGUGGUGGUGGUGACGGUGGCCCCAAUCUGCUCUACGCAGUAGGCGGUGGUGACGGUGGUGGUGGUGGUGCUGGUGGUGGUUGA